CAGAUAACGUGUGUGGCUAAUGAGCCACUUCCUUUUCCGGCGGCUGCUGAUCUUCGAUAGUGUAUCCACUGAAUAGGACUGUACACCUACCUUUACAUUCGCUUUUCUACAAACGCUUUUCCAUGCACUACCGAUUUCGUUUGUUUUACACUUAAUUUGCAUUAAAAUGUGGACCUGGAGGCUAACCAUCGUAAAUUAGACCCGUGAAUGACCUUUUAACGCCAAGCAAAGAUUCAGAACAAUGCUUUAGAUAAGACUACAAACAAAAAGACUUUAAAUCGGGCAUUUUAGCCAAUAGUGCUAUUGGCAUGAUAAAGAGUCAGCAACAAGAAGUCCGGCCAUUUGAGAGUAGUGAGUUCCAUUUGCCACUUCUUUGGCUUGAGCAUUGGCUAGAGCCGCGGAUAUUACUUGUCUAUAUUCUUAUUAAAGCACGCCUGAAAAUGUAGCUUAUAUUGUAUUUUUAUGAUAGACAAAUAUAAUUCACGUUGCACCCAUAUGCUUAGUUAGCGGCUUUCACUUCAAAGGAAGGGGGGGAAUAACGCUGCAUUAGUGGAUUGAUGGAUGGGUUUGUGAAAUAAUUAUCCGACAUUUUUCAAAAGGGGACUGCAAAGGUCUGCGCCUCUUCUAUCGGAUUAGUUUCAAGUUUCCUACCUGCUUUGACUGGCCGCUCUUCGGCGCGCCUUCUGUGGAAAAUAGUUUGUGUGUCUUUAAGGCGCCCGACUGCCUCAUUCUGGCUUUGUGCUGAGAAACUCACGCCAUCGAGACAGAAGAACAUCAUUAUGAUUUCAUCCUGAAAAGUGGACUGAAACAAAAAUAUUUCAAAUAACCAUUAGUUACAGCAGAAGAUCAAUUCAGCUUCAAGGUUGUUUUCGCUCUCGGAGAAGCCGAAAUGAGGCCUCGCCACGCGCUGAUUCCAGCGUCCGCUGCGCUCAUGCUCUUUCUCUCUGGGCUGUCACUGACCGCCGCCUGCAAUAAAGCCCUCUGCGCCAGCGAUGUCAGCAAGUGCCUUAUUCAGGAGCUGUGCCAGUGCAGACCGACAGACGGGAACUGCUCCUGCUGUAAGGAGUGCAUGCUGUGCCUGGGUACGCUGUGGGAAGAGUGCUGCGACUGUGUGGGAAUGUGCAAUCCUAAGAACUACAGCGACACACCGGCCACCUCCAAAAGCACAGUGGAAGAGCUCCACCGGCCAAUCCCAUCGCUCUUCCGCGCACUCACAGAGGGCGACGCCCCCAUCAACAUGAUGGUGGUCUCCUUUCCUGUGGCCGAGGAGCUCUCCCAUCACGAAAGCCUGGUCUCCUUCCUGGAGACGGUGGACGACCCGCACCAGAACGUUUCGCUGCCAGGCAACAGCAUUCACGCUCGCUAUGACGGCACCCAAGAUAACCUGUGCACAGUGGUGUACUUUGACGACUGCGUAUCAAUCCGCCAGUGCAAGCUGUACUGCGAGUCCAUGGGUGGCUCCAAGUACCGCUGGUUUCACAACGCCUGCUGCGAGUGCAUUGGGCCCGAGUGCCUGGACUACGGCAGCAAGGCUGUCAAGUGCAUGAACUGUCUCUUCUGAGGCCCGUGGACUGGUUCUCCUGGAGAGCUGCGCGUGGGGGCACCACAAGGGAGUGCCGUAUUUUGACACAAGAGAGGCGGACGGGGCAAGAUGGACCACGGUUGACAUGCAUAAGUGUGCUUCAGUUUUGCGAUGUAAAGUUACGAGUAUUUGCCCUUGCCAAAUUAUUUUGUAUUUUUCUAUAUUUUUCCUGUACAUUUUUGAUAUUUUUAUAGGUUUUCUCCAGAGAUGUAUAGUGUUUUCCCCAGAAGUCGACCUUGACAAAGUCAAUUCAUUUUUUAAUAUGUCCACACAUGCCAAAUAAAAGAUUUUGGUGACUGUC